AUGGCUGUUUCUGAAAAACCUCGUGCUAUAUUGGAGAAGCUUGGAACGCAUUACAUGCUCAAGCCUGAUUCAAUUGCAGAGCCUACAACGUUCCUUGGUGCAACAAUUUCAAAACGUUUUGUUGACCCAAGUGAUUCUCGAAAAUGCUGGUCGAUUGGUUCGACUAACUAUUUGCUUGAAGCGUUACGUGUUGUUAAGUCUCAAAUCUCACAUCAAAAAUACAACUUGAAUUUGAAAAGAAACGUGUCUGCUGCCUUACCUUCUGGUUAUAAACCUGAGCUUGACAACACUGAUUUUGUUGACGCAGAGACACACACACUGUAUAUGCAACUGAUUGGAAUAUUACGGUGGUUGGUUGAGCUUGGAAGAAUGGACGUUUGUGCUGAAGUCUCAAUGAUGUCUUUGUACAAUGCCAUGCCUUGUGUUGGACACUUUCAUGCGGUAUUACACCUUUUUGGUUAUCUUGAAACACAUCAGAGCCGCGAGAUUGUCAUGGAUUCCGCAUAUGUGGCUCUGACCGCCAUACCAAAAUCUGAAUGGCAUGAAUUCUAUCCAUGGGCAAAAGAAGUACUGCCCCCUGAUAUGCCAGAAGCCCUUGGACGAGCGGUAAAGAUUAUGAUGUUUGUUGAUGCCUCACAUGCUUCCAAUCUUGUUACACGUCAAUCCGGAACAGGUGAUCUUGGAAGAAGCUCUUUUGGAAGUGAAUUUGCUGCAUUGAAGACUGGUGUUGAAUUGGUUGAAGGUCUAGUAUACAAAUUGCAAAUGAUGGGCGUGCCAAUUGAUAACAACUCUGUUGUGAUGAACGCAAGUCGCCCGGAAUCUGUCUUGAAAAAGAAAAGCAAUUCUGUUGUUUAUCAUUAUGUUUGUUUGAAAUGUGCAAGUGAUCUUGAGUUGCUUGGGAAGGAACCAAAAGUUGCUUCUCCAAUUAUCUCCCUCUUGACGGGAAAGACAAAACAUGAGAGACUCCGAAAAGUGAAUGAUAUGUUGGACCAAGUCGAAGAUAUCUUGAGAUCGUGGGUCAAGGCGACGGCGGGUGGCAAGACCAUAAUGACGGGUGUGACGGCGAUGACUGAAUGA